UCCAAAUUUCACUUAAAAAUUUACAAGAUCGAGCGCGUGUAAAUGCGCUCGUUCUAAACAAUUUUAUAUACAUUAAAACAACAGAAAAUUUAUACUAAAGUGUGAAAAUGCGUUUGGUUAUUCUCUAUGGUAGUCAAACGGGCACAGCCCAAAAUGUGGCAGAGCAAAUUUGGCGCGAAUCAAAAACGUGGGGAUUUAGUGGCCCAGUACUACCAAUGGAUGAGUAUCCAGUAGAACAAAUGAUUGAGGAAAAAUUAGCAAUUUUUGUCGUAGCCACCACAGGCAAUGGCGAUGAACCAGAUAAUAUGCGAAAAACGUGGAAAUUUUUAUUACGACGAAGCUUACCGGGAGAUUCACUACAAAACUUACAAUUCGCUUGUUUAGGACUAGGCGAUUCUAGUUAUGCUAAAUUUAAUUUUGCAGCUAAAAAAUUAAACAAACGUUUAAUGCAGCUAGGUGGCAAAAUGAUCCAACCUUUAGGUCUAUGUGAUGAUCAACAUGAUCAUGGACUUGGUGCGACAGCUUUACCAUGGAUUGCAGAGCUGUGGAAAAACUUGAAAAUGACGCUACCGUUUAAUGCUUUGAAGAAAAAUGGUGAUUCAAAAAACAUUUUUAAGUGGCACUUGAUUUGCCUUGCCCGAGAAACGCCAUUGAUAGCGGAGGAUAAGCUGAAAUGGCCACUAAACACUGAAGCUAUAAGUUUAAAAUUAAGUCAUAAUCAGCGAACCACUGACGCAAGUCAUUUUCAAGAUGUACGAUUUCUUAGUUUUGAAUUUCCUUCUGAUGUUAAAUGGAAUGCCGGUGAUGUUUUAGACUUACGACCUACUAAUUCCGAUGAGCAAGUUCAAAAGUUUUUCGAAUUAGUCAAAGAACAUAAUUUGGACUUUAACGAAAAAACGGUAGUAAAACUGGAAACUGUGUAUGAUGAUAUGCCAGUGCCAUUGGCUUACGUGAAUCCAGUGAAUGUGGGUAUGUUAGCAAAGUAUAUUUGGGAUUUGAGUGCUCGCCCCAAUCAACGCGCUUUUGAACUGUUGUCUUUGAAUUGUGAGGAUGAAUUGGAGAAGGAAAAAUUAGAAGAAUUCGCCACAAUUGAAGGUUUGGAUGAUCUUAUAAAUUACGUGAACCGCCCAAAACGUACAAUCCUAGAAGUUUUACAAGACUUUAGGCACAGUACUUCAAAAUUGAAACUAUCAAUUUUGUUUGAAAUGUUCACUGUCAUACAACCACGAAGUUUUUCAAUUGCUUCUAUGCCGUCCACACAUUCACUUGAUCUCCUCGUAGCAGUGGUUGAGUAUAAAACCAAAAUGUCAACUCCACGACUUGGACUUUGUUCAAAUUGGUUAAAAUCAUUACCAAUUGGAUGUAGUGUAUUUGGUAUGGUAAAAAACGGUACAAUGACAUUGCCUACCGACCUGGCAACACCAAUCAUUAUGGUAGGCCCAGGUACAGGAAUUGCACCUUUUCGGAGUGUGAUACAAUAUAGAAACGAGCAACAAAAAAGUGGCGCCAAAAUCGGCGAUUUGAUUGUUUUCUUCGGUUGCCGAAAUAAAACGAAGGACUUUCACUUUGUUGAUGAUUUUACCAAAUGGCAAAAAGAGAAAUGCUGUGAAGUGUUUGUAGCAUUUUCACGUGAUCAAGAACACAAAGUGUACGUUCAACAUUUGAUAACAAAAGAAAAGGCACGAAUUAGUGAAUUAAUUUUGAAGAGAAUGGCUGUGAUAUUAGUUGCUGGUUCUUCGAAUAGUAUGCCCAAAGCGGUUCGCGAGGCGUUUAUUGAAGUGUUGAAUGGAGAUGAGGAAUAUUUGAAUCAGAUGAUUAAAUGUCAGAGAUAUCAAGAGGAUACAUGGUCGUAAAAUAACGCAAUAAAAAAUGCAGGUUUUGGUGGAGCAAGUAGCAGUCGUUCAGCCUCGGCAUCAGUUAUAUCAACCUCUGGAUGAAAUUGCACUAAUGGUAAAAUUUCUAAAACAAAAAUGAAUCGUUGACAUUUGUAGUGGAUUGUGUUAAAUACAAUAUGGAAAUACCAAAAGAAAUAAAAGAAAAAAUGUAAUCCUGCUUGCAGGUCGGACAGUUAUUGCCGUUUAA